CAACUUCACUCUCCUCCACUGUUUUCGCUCUUUUCCGGCUCGCGGUGUACUUUGAUACCUUCUUGACCCUCAUGCGUCUCCGCUGGGGCGUUGGUUGACCGCAAUGGAUAUCUUCGUUGACAGCAUCCCGCUCAACUCGAAUCACACCGAGCUGAGGUUGUUCUUGAGAGACAUACUCUCGCGAUUCGAUGUCCUCGCCUUCGAAAUUUUCAAGAAAGUCGGGAAUCGAUGGGCAAUCAUCACCAUAGCCGAUGCGGGCAAUGCUCAGAAGUUCCUCCUCAAACACGGCGGUCCGAUCCCUCUCACUCCUCUCGUCUUCAGGAGCACACAGCUGCGCUGUCAAAAGAGCAGGAAUAAGGGGCAGCCUGACAUGGUCAAGCUCAAUGCUUUACGGGAAAGAGAACGAACACUGCGGGCAAAGCGCAUCAAACAAGCAUUAGCCGCGGUGUCGUCGCAGCCUUCUUCACCGAUCUUCCCAUUCAUUAGUUUCCAAAAUGGAGUGUGGGAAUACGAUCAUUUAGGCAAGCUCGUUUUCGACUCGAAAUACAAAGAUGUUCGGGAGGGAGCGGUUACCUUUGGAAAGUCGGUGCUUGUCAUUUAUCUGGCAGCAGCCGAACAUCAAGAAUGGCAUUGGCAUUGCAGAAUCGAUAUCCCGUACGCUAUCAUCGAACACGCUAUCCCUUCAUACGAGAAUGGCACCCGAGGCACGAUAACGCUCACGCUGAAGUCUCCGCCGAAGAUCUAUCGCAUCGUCAGCACCAACGAUCUUCACCUGUAUUCUGGACGGGAGCCUGGCACCGUGACGACGCCUAUGCCAUUAUUGGACACACUCUCACUGAAUCCUGCGGGCAAGCGUAUGCAACGCCAAUGUUCGCUCAUGCAUACGUACGACAAGAACGCAGCCCUCUGCAUGGUGUAUAGGGUCACGCUCCCGGACACCGCUUCCGCCCAACGCGCGUGGAAUCACGUCAAAAAGUCAUCAGCGAUCCCCCAAUCACAGUGCUGGAGGACCACGGUACCGUCGAGACCCACAGAGACUAUCGAAAAGGAAUACGAGCGAGUUGAGCAAGCACUCUCGGAACCCGAAAGCACCGCGUACUUUACCUUUGCUGUCCGGUUCCAGCUUCUUGCCUUGGUGCUAGAGGGGACCAUCAUUCCCACCACCAUGUUUCAAGUCAUACCCUACGUGCAGACACUUUCUCAGCGGUAUGGGCCCGAGAUUACCGCUCGUGCAGUUCGCAAGCUUAGCUACCAGAUCCCCACGCCUGCUCCAGAUAUUGAAGCACGAGAGUUGGGCGUGGCCCAUAUUGUUCAAACCCUCCACCAGAACAUAAAGGACAUCAAGCGGUACGAGGCUACGGCGGAAGAUUUGUCCUCUAAGCAGAAAAAGCACCAUCAUCUGACCUUGACAUACAAAGCCACGGUCACGCCAACGGGUCUGCUCCUCAGAGGCCCGGAGCUGAGUGUCUCGAACCGAGUGCUUCGUAAGUACUCUGAAAGAAGUGACUAUUUCCUGAGGGUCUUCUUCGCGGACGAGGACGGCUUGUCUGUCCUGCAUGACCCACGAGCUUCGCAGGAGGCUGUUUACGACCGUUUCCGCAAAGUUCUUCGGGAAGGCAUAAUGAUUGCUGGACGGCGCUAUACGUUCCUUGGCUUUUCCCAUUCCUCGCUUCACUACCAUACUGCCUGGUUUAUGGCGCCUUUCUAUUACAAUGGCGAACCCCUCUGCUCGAAGAACAUCAUCGAAGAUAUGGGGGACUUCAGCCACAUACAUUGUAGCGCAAAGUGCGCCGCUCGUAUAGGGCAAGCCUUCUCCGACACCAUCUUCGCGAUACCAAUCCCGAAAGACGUCUACGUGACGGAGACCGAGCCCGACGUCGAGAGGAACGGGCGUUGCUUUUCUGAUGGUUGUGGUAUGAUAUCCCAGGAGUUGCUAGAGAAGGUUUGGAGUAGCCUUCCACCUGAGCGUCGGCAGCUCAGGCCUACUAUUCUACAGAUCCGAUACAGGGGCGCUAAAGGAGUCGUUUCGCUCGACACAUCCCUGCGCGGCAAGCAGUUGCUUAUCCGAAAGAGCAUGACGAAGUACCACGCCCGUGAGACUUGGAAGGACCUUGAGAUAUGCGGCGCGGCCUACAAGCCGCUGGGAAUGUAUCUCAAUCAGCAGUUCAUCAAGAUACUUGAGGACCUAGGUGUGCCUCGGGAGAACUUCAUCAGCGUUCAGCAAGAUGCGCUCAAAGCGCUAGAGCUGAUCGUUAAACACCCACUGAACGCGGCCAGCUUUCUCGAAUACUCCCGCUCCGGUGUCGCAGCCAAGGUUCCCGUGCUAUUCACGCUCAUGCACGAAAUCGGUCUUUCUUUUCAGAACGACAAGUUUCUUACAGAUAUUGUUGAAGUCGUCGCCAUGUCUAGCCUCAGGGAUCUGAAAUAUCGCGCGCGGAUUCCCGUGCACGAGGGCUACCUACUAUACGGUAUCAUGGACGAGACAAAUGAACUGAAAGAAGGCGAAGUAUACGUUGCAACCGGCAUUCAAGAUGAGAACGGCCACUGGAAGCGCAAUGUGCUCCUAGGUGACCGCGUCGUCGUUACACGGGCACCUGCUCUCCAUCCGGGAGACGUUCAAGUCGUCAAAGCGGUAAGCGUAUCAAGGGGUUCCCCAUUACACGCGCUAUACAACUGCGUUGUUUUUAGCCAACAAGGAGCACGCGAUCUUCCAAGCCAACUGGGAGGCGGCGACCUGGAUGGCGACCUCUUCCAUAUCAUCUGUGAUGAGCGCUUGAUACCGCCCCAGACUAUGGUACCAUCUGACUAUCCACCGACUCCAGCAAAAGACCUCGGAAGGCCCGUGAAGGUUGAUGAUAUCGUGGAGUUCUUCAUCGAGUACAUGAACUCAGAUCGGCUAGGGCAGAUCUCAAAUAAGCACAAGAUCAGGGCGGAUAUUGAACAGCAGGGGACGAUGCACAGCGAUUGUAUCUUGCUCGCAAAGCUUGCGUCGGACGCCGUGGAUUUCAGCAAGUCUGGAAAGCCUGUGGACAUGAAUCAGGCUCCGAAGGGAGCAGACCGCAAUAGACCUGACUUCAUGGCCAAUGGGCCCGGCCUGGUGAUCAACAAGAUGGGGGCUACCGAACUCGAGGAGGAAGACGCGGACGAUAUCGACGAUCCUGACAGCGUGAGCGUCCUUGAUCCAGAAAAGUUCACCAUACGGUACUACAGGAGCCAGAAGAUCCUCGGCAUCCUAUAUCGCAAGAUCGACGAAACCAACUUCUUCUCCCGCAUGAAAAACGACUUCGAAGCAUCUCGCAACUCCAUGGGCCAUGAGAGUUUGAUCCAGAAGCUCGAGCGGUACGUCGACAGGGAAACCCGGCUCUUCCAAUGGGAGCAUCACCGCCAGUUCGCCGAAGGCCUGCGAGAGUACUACGAGGAAAACAUCCUCGAAAUCAUGGACUCCAUGCGCCCACACCGCGGCAAGCCCCUCACGGAGCUCGAAGUUUUCAGCGGCAAUAUCCUAGGCAAGAAAGAGCGCGCCUCCACCCGGUAUAUCCGCGAAGCAAACAUAGAAGUCUCAGAGCGGUUCAAUCGCGAUGUUUCAGCUAUCGCUAGACGCAUUUUGUCGGGCGAUGGACUGAAGGAUGAAGAGGAUGAGGCACUCCCGAGGGCGAUUGCAUGCUUUAAGGUGGCGCUAGACACGGAGGGGUGGGAGGAUUAUAGAGGGCUGAGGAGCUGGAAGUGGGUAGCUGCAAGUGUGGUCCUGGAGCAGCUUUGGCGGUACAUGGGUUUCAGGCUGAGGCCGAUUUGAAGAAGUGAGGCUUGGGGUGUCUCUUGCGUUCCUAAGGCUGCGAGGCGACUAGAUGAACGACCCGCCGGCUCCUGCCUUCGACCGUCAUCACGACGCAUCAGUAUGACUGUUUCCCAUUUCUUUCUUGCGACGGCCGAAUUCAUGAGUUACGAACCAGCAUCUCAUACUAGUAUUGCACACUCUUCGGGGCUGGGUGCACAUCAAUGGAUCCAGGGUUGGAACGUAAUGUGAAGACAUUCAGGAUCAUUGAAGUGGAGCAGAUUUGGUAGCUUUUCGGUUUAUGUAUACUGGCCUUGCUUAUAACCUCAUAUAUUGGGUAUCAGACUCGACCACUCGUGUGGCCG